AUGCUGGCGGGGUUCGAAUACCCGGAGCACGAGUGCGGGGCGGCGUGGCGAGACGAGUACGCGCAACUGUACGCGCGCAUCCGAGCCGCCAGCAGAGACGCGUGGCGGGCGCGACAGCCGCCAGCUGCGCCGCGCAGGCGCCUGGCGGACGGCUCUCCCCCCGGCGCGGAGCCGGGAGGCGCGGAUACAGCGGACGCCGCGGUGCGGUUCCUGACGUACGACUGGUACGGGUCGUGCGGCGGGCUGGGCGACUAUCUGAUCGGGCUCGUGUCGCUCUUCCCCGCCGCGCUGCUCGACCGCCGCGCGCUGCUCGUCGCUCAGCCGUGCAUGCACGCCGCGUUCCGCUCGCCGCACAUCGACACCGCGCUCUCCCCCGACGUGCCCAUGGGGGGGCGGCCGCUGCUGCGCGCCACGCCGCCACCCCUGGACGCCGCCGCCCCCGCGCACGACGGCCCCGGCGACGAGCCGCAGCGCGUGGAGUGGCACGCUCCCCCGUGCGAGCGGCUGGAGGGCAACCUGGGCGCCGCGGGCCGAGACAGCAGCGCGGUGCCUUGCUUGGACCUGCCGCGGCACACGAUUGAGAUCGAGGCGCUGCAGCAGCUGAGCGCGCUGAGCAACUACCGCGUGCGCUACAACAAGGGGCUGUUGAUCACCACGCUCCUGCACAACCAGGGGCCGUGGGCCGCCGCGCUGCGCCAGCUGGGCUUUAAGCCCGCGGCAGAGGUCUGGAAUCUACUGGUGGGGAUGGAGGAGCAGGCGUGGGGAGAGGGUGUGGCGCGCGUGGCCGUGCACGUGCAGAAUGACGGCAUGACGGCCCAGAACAUGACGGCGCAGCAGCUGGAAGACCUGCUCGGCAAGGCCAACAGCACACUGCAAUGCGCUCAGAACAUGACGCAGCAGCAGCUAGACGACCUGCCCGCCAAGGCCAACAGCACACUGCAGUGCGCACAGUCAAUCCACCUCUCUCUCGUCAUGUAUUUCUUUCCAUUCCUCCACUCUCCUUCCCCGUUUGCUCUUGCCCUGCCACACACCUCCUGUUCCCCUCAUGCACUGCACCUCCCCCCUGUGCGUGUGCUGCAUGCACUGCCCACUGCCCCACUGCCCCUGGUCCACGCCUCGCCACCACGUGCACUGCCCGUGGGCACAUGUGCCGUGGUGGCCACGGACUUCAUUCCAUGGCACUCUGCCCAAGCCACACAGCACGAGCAGCACACAGACCUCGCACCGGAUGAGCGUGACGCGGUGCUGCGAGGCCUGCAGCACUUCUGGGAAACGGUGGCGGAGUGGGUGCUCAUAGCAUCAUCCCACUCCUUCAUCAUCCCGGCCUCGGGAUUCUCUCGCACGGCUGCGCCCUACGCCCUGCGCCCACUCGACAUCUACGUGCCUCCUCCUCUCAACCCUCCCAAAGCUGUUGAGAAUGCUCAAAAGCCUCCUCCUCCUCCCAGCGCCUGCGACCCCGAGAAGCCCACAGCCAUCGAUCGCUUCGGAGUCACCUGGACUGGCAUCUAG